GGAAAAGUAAUAAUACUUUUAUUAAGUAUUUUUCUCACAUGUUAACAAGGUAACAUGGUUUUCUAACCUCCAAAAGCUUUUUCUUUCUCUUUGCACGUGAGUCUCGACAACACGAACACGCUUUUCUUUGGUGAUGAGUAGCGAUAGCUCUUGGACGUCAUCCUCAUCAGAAUGUGAUGAUGAUAUUAAUCUCCUACUCCUUCUAUUACUACGUAGAAGGAAACGAAGAAGAAGGAGAUUUUGGGUAAAUUUUCUGUGGAUGAGUAGAAAAGAAAAAGGCGCUCAUAAUUUUGGAUUGGAGACGGCGUUAAUCGACGAGACAAUGUUCAGAAAAUUCACAAGGAUGAGCGUCGUCCAGUAUGAAGAUCUCCUACAAAAAAUUGGUCCAUCAUUGAUCAGCCAGCCGACUCGAGAUGACAUCAUUGAUCCGUCUACGAAAUUAAUGCUGACAUUGAGAUUUUUAGCAACAGGAGAAAGUCUGUCUUCGUUGAGCAUCCAAUUUCGUAUGGGGAAUUCCACAGUUGUGAAGUGGAUUUACAAAACAAUGAAGGUUUUAACGGAUAAACUGACCCCAAUUGUUCUGUGUUUGCCAAAAACUCCAGCAGAAUGGAAAAAAGUUGCAGAUGGGUUUGAGAGGAACUGGCAAUUUCCUCAUACUGUUGGAGCCAUCGAUGGAAAACAUAUUGUCAUGCAAGCUCAACCACACAGUGGAUCAAUAAACUUUAAUUAUAAGAAGCAGCACAGCCUCAAUUUAUUAGCCGUGUGCGACUCAGAAUAUAAAUUUAUCGCUGUAGACAUCGGUGCGAGAGGCAGAGAGAGUGAUGGAGGUGUAUUCAGGAAGAGCAAUUUUGGUAAAAGGCUUCUCGAUAGAAGUCUCAAUCUUCCACCUCCAUCGGCGAUUUCUCCUACAGGUCCAAUUUUACCUUUCUACUUUGUUGCUGACGAGGCUUUCCCUUUGGACCAAAAUAUUAUGCGACCGUUUCCAGGACGCUCAACAGGUGUUAUGCCAUUUCGGCAAAGAAUUUUCAAUUACCGUCUAAGCAGAGGGAGACGGACAAUUGAAAAUUCUUUUGGAAUCUUGUGCUGCCAAUGGCGAGUGUUUCGUAUUCCCAUUAAUGCCACGGAAGUGCAUAUUAAGCUAAUUGCUGCAGCAGCUAUUUGCCUCCACAAUUAUCUACGGAAAGAGGAGGAGAAUAUUCCGGAGGACGCAAGACGUUAUUGUCCUGUCAAUUUCACAGACAGAAUUGUGGAUGGUGUUGAGGUAGAAGGACUGUGGAGACGCGAAAUACAAAUGGAUGCAUUUGCACCUCUUCCUCCUUCUCGUCGACGGAAUUUGGCUGCCAUCAACAUCCGAGAAUGCCUCGUCGAUUUCCUUUUAAAUGAAGGCCAAGUUCCUUGGCAAAAUGAAAUGGUCAACAAUGGCGCAUUUUAAAGCAAAGGUUUCGAGAAGUAUUCUUAUGCAAGAAGCACAAAAGCGAUUCAGAACACAAAAAAGCAUGUGGUGAUUUGCCAAUUGCUUUCAAAUUAUCAACGAGCCGACCGAUUAUAAAUGAAAAUUUUUCCAUCUUCAAUGAGACACCAGAUGAUAGUUCAACGAAGAACUUCGCAGCUACGAUUGUUUUACUACUAAAUGAAAUCGAUGAAGUAUUCGACAGAAUAUUACCAAAAGGAGAAUAUCGAAUUAAACAAAAAUUCAAAAUCCGACUAUCAUCAGGACGAAAAAAUAGAGCAAGAAUUAAAAAAAACUGAAAAUUGAAAUAGAAACGUCGUCCCUAUCACCGGAUUCGUUGUCAGAGGGUGAAAAUUCGUCUCAUCGAAUUGAGAAUAAAAAAACACGAAUCAACGAAUAAUUUAGUAAAAACUCCGAAAAGUGAACUAGAAUUACCAUUGGAUUCAUUGGCAGAGGAAAAUCCAUCUAAAAAUGCCGAAAAAUUCGAAAAACUAAAUACGGAGGCAAAUUUAACUGAAAUAUUCGAAAAACCAAAUACUGAAGCAAAUUUACCCGAAAAAUGUGAAAAACCAAAAACGGAAACAAAUUUAACCGAAAAAUGCGAAACAUCGUCAUUGAAUUUAUUAUUAAAAGAAGAAAAUUCAUUUCUUUUGAAAGAAAUUGAAAAAUUACGAUCCGACUUAAAUUCUUCCAAUACUGUCAUUUAAAAAUUGAGGAAGCAAAUUUUCAGUUUACAAUAUAUUUAUCCUACGAUUGUUAAAACAACAAUAAGAGAAGCUCUUCAAUCGAUUGAAGAGAAUUUCGCAUAUUUUUCUCCCGAGAAAGAAUAAAACGAAAAAAAGAAAAUUGUUUUUAACAAUGCAAAGAUGUUUCCAACUAUUAAUUUUUUUUAAUACUUUUUAUAUUUUGAAAAUAAUUGUAAUUGAGUUUAACUCACUGCUAUUUUUGUAAAAAACAUAAAAUGUGUUGUUUUAAAAAUUGUCACUCUAAUUAGUGUUUAAGACAUGUUUUUUUUUAUUUAAUCAAGAAGUCUUGUAUUUAAUUUAAAAUAAUUAAAUUAUUGUUCUCUUGUUCUAAAAAGUUUUACUUGAACUGAGAAAAAAUAAAACAAAUAAAAUAAAAAAUAUUGUUUAUAGAAAUUAUUUAAAAUGAGUUUGAAAAAUAAGUUGAAAUAU